CACUACUUAUAAUACCUCAGUUAACCUCUCCCAGGGACGUGCCCUCUCCAAAUACGAUGAUCAUUCCUUCUAUAUCGUCAAGCAGAUGAUGAAAUUGUUGGGAAAGACAGGAUCAAAGGAAUGUGCAUAAAUAAAGUUAAAUAUAUACACAAUUUUGGAACGGUACCUGCUGUGAAGUGAGCCCGAGCAAGAGAUUAGUUACGCACGGCCGUAUUUUUUUUGCCCUGUCGAUGCGUAACUCUUACCAAAAUAAAAAAGUUAAACUUGUAAAUGAAGUGAACGCGAUAUCCUGAUGCCCUCCUCCUCCCGCGCCUCCACCAGCAGUCCCAGCCCCGCCGCGGGCCCUUUCCUACCCCGAAGGCGUCUGGCCCCGCCGCAGCCCGGCGGUUGCCAAGCUAAACAGGCGGGCGGUGGUGACCCGCGCGCGGAGGGGCGGGUACCUAGCAACCGGGGGCGCUCAACAGAAGAGCGGGGGAGGCGAGGCGGAAGUGCGGGCCGGCAAGGAGCAGAGGGGAGUGCCUUGGAACAGGCCUGAGGGCUCUGACCCUUCGGCUCCUGCACCAUGGCCACGCUGAGCGUCAAGCCCAGUCAACGCUUCCGGUUGCCAGACUGGCACACCAACAGCUACCUGCUGUCCACCAAUGCGGAGCGGCAGCGAGAUGCCUCACACCAGAUCCGCCAGGAGGCCCGAGUCCUCCGCAACGAGACAAACAACCAGACCAUUUGGGAUGAACAUGACAAUAGGACUCGAUUGGCAGAGAGAAUUGAUACUGUCAACCGAUGGAAGGAGAUGCUGGAUAAGUGUCUGACGGAUUUAGAUGCUGAGAUUGACACCCUGACACAGAUGAAAGAGUCAGCAGAGCAAAACCUGCAGGCCAAGAACCUGCCUCUGGAUGUGGCAAUUGAGUGCCUGACCCUGCGGGACAGUCGGCGUGACAUUGAUGUGGUGAAGGACCCUGCAGAGGAAGAGCUGCACAAAGAGGUGGAGAUCAUUGAAGCCACCAAGAAGGCCUUGCAAGAGAAGAUCAGCCAGGCCUUUGAGAAGCUCUGCCUCCUACAGGAAGUCCGACAGCAGCUCAACUCUGACCAUCGGGGCAAAAUGGAGACACUGGACAUUGACAGAGGCUGCCUCUCUCUCGACCUCAAGUCUCCAAACAUCUCCCUGAAGAUUAAUCCCACACGUGUCCCCAGUGGCUCUUCCACACUCCAGCAGUGGGAUGACUUCAGUCAGUUCAAUAAGAACCGGGCAGAAGCUGAGAUGAAAGGAGCUGUAGAGCUGAGGGAGGCCAUUGCCCUAACUAUUGCUGAGACUAACAACGAACUUGAAGCCCAGAGAGUUGCAACGGAAUUUGCCUUCAGGAAGCGGCUGCGGGAGAUGGAGAAAGUGUACAGUGAGCUCAAGUGGCAAGAAAAGAAUACCUUGGAGGAGAUCGCAGAGCUGCAGGAGGACAUCCGGCACCUGGAGGAGGAUCUGCGCAGAAAGUUACUGAACCUGAAGCUAUGCCACACCCGGCUAGAGACUAGGACCUACCGUCCCAAUGUGGAACUCUGCCGGGACCAGGCACAGUACGGCCUCACUGACGAGGUUCACCAGUUAGAGGCCACCAUUGCCGCCCUGAAGCAGAAGCUGGCGCAAGCGCAGGAUGCUCUGGACGCCCUGUACAAGCAUCUGGCCCGGCUGCAGGCUGACAUUGCCUGCAAGGCCAGCUCCAUGCUGUUGGACUCUAAGUGCAUGGACACCCGUCGGAAGCUGACUGUGCCUGCUGAGAAGUUUGUGCCCGAGGUGGACACUUUCAGCCGCACCACAAACCGCACCCUGAGUCCACUCAGAACCUGCCAGCUGGAGCUAACCUAGGGAGGGGGCCGGGGGAGGAGGGGAGGCUGGUGGGAAAUGAGAGCGGGACAGGGGCUGAGGGAAUGAAUCCAAUAAAGGUUGGGGUUCUCA